UGAAUCUUGAAUCUUGAAUCUGAAUCUUCAAUCUUCAAUCUUGAAUCUUGUAUCCUAUCUAAUGCUUGAGCUCCAGCCUGUUCUCCAGCACACACCGAGCUGCAGUUUUUGGACACGACCAGCAGGCAGCGCUGCGUGUUGUAAACAGGUCUACCAUGGGUCUGGCUUCCUUAGUUCUCCAUUUUGUAUGUUUUUCCUGGAGGUUAGCGCCUACUUUCCUAAUGGCUAGCUGCGAAUCUCCUUAGCUCAGCCAGUUCUACGCAGUUUGCGAGACAAUUUCCAGCUGCAUCGUCUUGAAAGACCGUCAGCUCGUUAAACACACUGAGUUUGUCGUGUUUUGUCGUGUCACCGAGCCAUGAGGCGCAUGAGGAGCUGCGUUAACAAACAUUGAGUCAGUGUUGCGUGUUGUGGACACUUUCAACCAAAACAAUGUUGACAGACGACCUGUGGACACAUUCCAGCGAUCAGUCAUUUCAAGGAUGGAUAAAGGAGGAGUGAAGAAGAUAAUAUACAGAAGAGAUGACCAUUUAAGCAAGCUGGUAUACACUGAAAGCCCUGAGGAGGGAGGUCUGUUGAAAGUGGCUCCUCACAGUGCCAUGUCCAUCACCUCUGCCACAUCUGUCGUUCUUCCAUCCAGCCCGUUGAUGCAGCCAGGACAGGUGCCGAACGGCCUCAGCAACAGCCCCCUUCCAGAGGAGCUCACCUCUGUCACUGCCACCGUCGGCACCUUUUUAGAGGACCCAGAGUCCAGGGGCCUGACCAAAGAUCAGAAGCCUCAGCAGCAGCAGCAGCAGCAGCAGCAGUUUUUCCAGACUGCGACUUCCCUCCUGAUAGGGCGUCAAACCUUGAGGGAAAAUCUGCCCCAGUUGGAGGCCAGUAUAACAGACCUUACAUCAUCCUCCAUGGAUUCACUUAUUGGGGGAUCAGAUCCCAACUUCUUUCCCAUGAAAACAGAGGAUUUCUCAAUGGAUAAAGGAGACCAGGAUCCCAUUGACCUCGAUCAUGCCUUCGAGCACAUUGGGAAAGAUGUGGACGUGCACCAGAAACUGUUCAGUGACAACACUCUGGACCUGCUCCAAGACUUUGAGCUGACCGGUUCCCCUUCAGAUUUUUAUGUAGGAGAUGAUGCUUUCCUGUCCUCUUUGGCAGACGAUUCUCUGCUUGGGGACGUAAGCUCAGAGAGGGACAUGAGGCCUGCUGUUAUUGAGAUUGUGAACAGCAGUGUGGCAGCCCCUGUUGCUCUCAAUGGCAGCAGCAGCAUGACAAGUCCAGAUCAGCCAAGCUCUAGCAUGUCCACAACCGCCUCCUUAACCCCUACAACUACUUUGUCUGCUUUAGUGAAGAAGGAGAAAGAUGCUGGCUUCAUUCAGCUCUGCACCCCAGGUGUGAUCAAACAAGAGAAGGCAUCCACAGGCCAGAGUUAUUGCCAAAUGAGCGGGACAGCUUCCACAAACAUACCCAGCUCUAACCCCAUCUCCAUCUGUGGCGUCAGCACUUCAGGAGGACAGAGCUUCCACUUUGGGGUCAGCACCAGUAGCAGUGAAGCUCAGCAGCAAAAGAGCCAGAAGCAAGUGACAAACCUGUUUCUCCCGGUGACAACCAUCAGCGCGCCCUGGAACAGAGGCCUGACUGCUGGAGACAACAGGAUCACAGAGGCGUUCUCAAGCUCUCCUUCCCUCUCUGUCGGCUUUGUCAAACAGGAAUUGGGCACAGCUGUAAUCCCUGCACAGACCAAAAGUGGGACUCAUAAGAUCUGCCUGGUGUGCUCCGACGAGGCGUCAGGCUGCCACUAUGGCGUGCUCACCUGUGGCAGCUGCAAGGUCUUCUUCAAGCGAGCGGUAGAAGGGCAGCAUAAUUACCUCUGUGCUGGGAGGAACGACUGCAUAAUAGACAAGAUCAGAAGGAAGAACUGCCCAGCCUGCCGCUUUCGCAAGUGUCUGAUGGCAGGAAUGAACCUGGAAGCACGCAAAACCAAGAAGUUGAACCGCUUAAAGGGCGCCCAGCAGAGUAACCCACCUGAGCUGACUCCUUCUCCACCCAUCGAGGCUCAUUCGCUCGUACCGAAGCGCAUGCCUCAGCUCGUUCCCACCAUGCUGUCCUUGCUGAAGGCCAUCGAGCCUGACACCAUCUACGCCGGCUAUGACAGCACCCUGCCCGACACCUCCACCCGCCUCAUGACGACCCUCAACAGGCUGGGUGGCCGGCAGGUCAUCUCUGCCGUCAAGUGGGCCAAGGCUUUGCCUGGUUUCAGGAAUCUGCACCUGGACGACCAGAUGACUCUGCUGCAGUGCUCCUGGCUCUUCCUCAUGUCGUUUGGCCUGGGUUGGAGGUCUUACCAGCAGUGCAACGGCAACAUGCUCUGCUUUGCACCAGACCUUGUCAUUAAUGAGGAGCGGAUGAAGCUGCCCUACAUGGCCGACCAGUGCGAGCAGAUGCUGAAGAUUUCCAACGAGUUCGUCAGGCUGCAGGUUUCCCACGACGAGUAUCUGUGCAUGAAGGUCCUGCUGCUGCUCAGCACAGUGCCAAAGGAUGGCCUAAAGAGCCAGGCGGUGUUCGAUGAUAUUCGGAUGUCGUACAUAAAGGAGCUGGGGAAAGCCAUUGUGAAGCGUGAGGAGAACUCCAGUCAGAACUGGCAGCGUUUCUAUCAGCUCACCAAGCUGCUGGACUCCAUGCACGAGUUGGUCGGUGGACUGCUCAACUUCUGCUUCUACACCUUUGUGAAUAAAUCCCUGAGUGUGGAGUUCCCGGAGAUGCUGGCAGAGAUCAUCAGCAACCAGUUACCAAAAUUCAAGGCCGGGAGCGUCAAACCCCUCCUCUUCCACCAGAGAUGACUUUCCCCCGAAACAGACACAUUGCCUUAAAAAAAAUCCCACCACAUCACCUCACCAACCAGCCCCUCUACCCCCAACCUCCACCUCCACCCCCAACCCCCUACCCUUCCCUCCAGGAGCAAUGAUGAGAGGACUGAGGAUCCAAGGCGAGGAGUCAGUGAUGUUUUUGGGAGCGAGUAUGCAACUUUGUGUGAAGACUGGAGGUGUUUGUGUUGAGAGCCAACAGCAAGCACAGAGCGGUGUAAGACAGCGUGUGAAAUGAGUAGGAAAUGUUUGUAAGAUAAGAGAUAAUCACAGAGAGAAGUAGGCUAACAUCCACGUCGUCUCAGGUUUCCUACCUUCAAACACAGAACAAUAUCUCAAAUAGAUAAAACAAAUAUCUAUGUACAGGUUCUGAUAGUAUUUUCUACAUUUUCAAAUCGUAACAGUUUAUACAAUUUUACAGGUCGUCGUUACCUAGGAAGGUAACGUCUAAUUAAUAACAUGCUCUUUAAGUAGGCUUUUUGACUGUAUGUUCCUCUGUUAGUUUUUAUAGGCAGUUAUAACAAAACCUUAUAGUCACAUGGGAAAAUAGCUGUUUUCCAGUCGUUUAAUAAGCAUAUUUCAUUGCUUUGAUUGAUGCAGUGAACACAAGAAACAAAUCUGUUGAACUGUCAAAGUGCAUCGUUCAGAGGAUUAUUUCUCCCACAUGCUGACCUCUUCCAGGUUUACACACGUCUAUUAUAAAGGGAAAAAAAUGUGCCUUUUUUACUUCGAUUAUCAUCUAAGUCAUUUCUUCCUACGUGUCCACGGCGUGUUUCUCAUGAACCUGUCACGGUCUACCUUCAUCGUAUGUUGAUUGUACUUUUUAUGUUACAUGCAGUUAAAAGUUUUCCUUUUUCUAA